UGGGCGUUGUAGUCUCUACCCAGCGAGCAGGCAUGGCGGCCUCUAUUACAAGGGGCUCCUGGGCUGCGGUGGGCCUGGGGCAGAGUUUUCCACCUACCCGGGCUCUGCUUCCUGCGCCAGCCUCUGUCAUCUGCCGGACCCUCGCGGGGUCCGGCAGACAGCCGGUCACUGGAUCUUCUGAGCCCGGCGCGUUUCAGCCGCCGCCGAAACCGGUUAUCGUGGACAAGCGCCGUCCCCAGCGCCCGGAAACCAGGUUCUUGAGUCCUGAGUUCAUUCCUCCAAGGGGAAGAACAAAUCCUCUGAAAUUUCAAAUAGAAAGAAAAGAUAUGUUAGAAAGGAGAAAAAUACUCCACAUUCCAGAGUUCUAUGUUGGAAGCAUUCUUCGUGUUACUACUGCUGACCCAUAUGCCAAUGCAAAAACCAGCCAGUUUCUGGGGAUUUGUAUCCAGAGAUCAGGAUCAGGACUUGGAGCUACUUUUAUCCUUAGAAAUACUAUUGAAGGACAAGGAGUUGAGAUUUGUUUUGAGCUUUAUAAUCCUCGAAUCCAGGAGAUUCAAGUAGUCAAAUUGGAGAAACGGCUGGAUAAUAGCUUGCUAUACUUGCGAGAUGCCCUUCCUGAAUAUAGCACUUUUGAUGUGAACAUGAAGCCAAUAACACAAGAAUCUAACCAAGAAGUUCCUGUUAAUCAGCUGAAAGUAAAAAUGAAGCCUAAGCCCUGGUCUAAACGCUGGGAACGUCCAAAAUUUAAUAUUAAGGGGAUCAGAUUUGACCUUUGUUUAACUGAAGAGCAAAUGAGAGAAGCCCAGAAGUGGAGUCAGCCAUGGCUUGAGUUUGAUAUGAUGAGGGAAUAUGACACUUCAAAAAUUGAAGCUGCGAUAUGGGAUGAAAUUGAAGCAUCAAAAAAUUCCUGAUCUGAGAACGAAUUUGAUUGUUUGCAGAGAAUGUACUGACUUGGAUUUAUUUGGAAGCCAAUUUAAUCUCAUAUACAUAAGGACAUAGUUAUUAAAUCAACUAAGCAUUCAUCA